GUAGUUCACGCGAGUCUGUCGCCAUGUUUGGUUAUUUUAUUUGUUUUUAAAGCGGAGUAGCACUAAGACACAGCAAACGCUCCUAGUUUUUAUCUAACGUGAAAUUUUGUUUAAGUUACCUAAAUGACACGAGGAACGCGUUCGCAAUCGUAUAUGAGAUAUAUGUAUAUUUUUUUUUGCCAGUGCAACCAGUGAGAAAUAAUCAAAAAGAGAAAAAAACAAAAUAGCACAAAAAUAGCCUUAAAAAGAAGAUUCGACAGUCGCAGCGGCACCAUUACCAACAACAACAAUCGCAACAGCGGACAGCGACAGCAACAACAUUUAACUGUAAAACGCCGCAACGCAACGCAAGCAGAGCAGCAAAAAAAGCGCUGAAAAGUGUUACAAAGUGAAAUUGCCUUUUGCGUCACACAGAAAUUAAGUACACGGCAUCAGCAGCAACAACAACAUUUUUUAGUGUGUCGAGUUGCAGCGUAUAAAUUCCAAUUGGAAUUCCCCUGCUGCCUGCAACAGCAACAACAAUAACAAAAUGGGCGACUUUGAUUUAAAUGUCGACAGUCUCAUACAGCGGCUGCUAGAAAAUUUCAAAAAACAAAAAGAGGCCGAAGAGCAUGCACAGAAGCUGCUCAUUGCUCAACAAUUGGCCGCUUCUGGUGGUGUCGGUGGCAUUGGUGCCUCAACGUCAACCUUGGCGUCCCUGGCGUCGUUGGGUGGUGGCGGCGGUGGAGGAGGAGGAGGCGGCGGCGGCGGUGGUGGCGGCUGUGGGACGCCCUCGAGUGCGACGAGUUGCGGAUCCGCAGCAUCCUCGACGACGAACGAUCCGCUGGACGAGCUGACCGAACAGCAGCGUCGCAUGUUGCAACAAUAUUCGAUAUCGCCACCAAGCGAGACGAUGAUAUCGGCCGAUGGCGAUCAGAUAACGGUGCAUCAUCCACGCGAGGAGCCCAAGAAAUCCAGAUUGAAAUUGCGUGAUUUCUUCGUUGCCGAAUUUGUGCGCAGCUGCCGCACCGGAAAACAGGUGCAAAUGACGGAGGCCGAGGUGCGUGGCUUGUGUCUGAAGUCGCGCGAGAUAUUCUUGCAACAGCCGAUACUGCUGGAGCUGGAGGCGCCACUGAUCAUCUGCGGCGACAUCCAUGGCCAGUACACAGAUCUCUUGCGCCUGUUCGAAUACGGCGGCUUUCCGCCCGCCGCCAACUAUUUGUUCCUCGGCGAUUAUGUGGAUCGGGGCAAGCAGUCGCUGGAGACGAUCUGCUUGCUGCUGGCCUACAAGAUCAAAUAUCCGGAGAAUUUCUUUUUGUUACGCGGCAAUCACGAGUGCGCCAGUAUUAAUAGAAUUUAUGGCUUUUACGAUGAGUGCAAGCGUCGCUACAAUGUGAAACUCUGGAAGACCUUCACAGACUGCUUCAACUGUCUGCCCGUCGCCGCGAUCAUUGACGAGAAGAUCUUCUGCUGCCACGGCGGUCUCAGUCCCGAUCUGCAGGGCAUGGAGCAGAUACGCCGUCUGAUGCGUCCCACAGAUGUGCCCGACACUGGGCUGCUCUGCGAUCUGCUGUGGAGUGAUCCCGACAAGGAUGUCCAGGGUUGGGGCGAAAACGAUCGUGGCGUCAGCUUCACCUUUGGCGUUGAUGUUGUAUCAAAGUUCUUGAAUCGACACGAGCUGGACUUGAUUUGUCGUGCACAUCAGGUUGUCGAGGAUGGUUACGAGUUCUUUGCGCGCCGUCAGCUGGUCACACUGUUCUCGGCGCCCAACUAUUGCGGCGAAUUCGAUAAUGCUGGCGGCAUGAUGACCGUGGACGACACGCUCAUGUGCUCAUUCCAGAUCUUGAAACCAUCGGAGAAAAAGGCGAAGUAUUUGUACAGCGGCAUGAACUCAUCCCGGCCGACAACACCGCAGCGCAGCGCUCCAAUGUUGGCGACCAACAAGAAGAAAUAAUAUAUCCAUCCGCUUCCAUUUCCUUAAAGGUUCAACCUCAAAAAAAAAAAAGAAAAACAAAAAAAAAACAGCAAAUAACAACAAAAACAAAUACAACAGCAACCGCAAAUAGCAAAACAAAGAAAUAACACGAAAUACAUCAUAAAUAACUUUUAUAUAUUAUACAAAUUAAAAUGUCAAAAUUAAAUGUGUGCAAGUAAUUAACUAGUUGGAAAGCAAAAUCAAAGUAAAAAUGCAAAAAAAAAAAAAAAAAACAGAAAAAAAUAUGAACAGAUAAAAACAAACAAACAAAAUUCAAGUGCAGAGUAAAAACAAAAGAAAUGAAAAAUGCGUUGACAAAAAAAACAAAAACAAAAAAAAGAAAACAAAAACAGAUGUGAUGAAGAGAGAUAUCUGUUUGAAUCGAGUGUAUAUGUAUGUUAUCAUUACCUGUAUACAAAUUCUAUAUUAUUUAUUUACUUUACAUGUACAUACAUGUUGCUAUAUGCAUAUAAAAACACCGACACAACUCUACACUACACUUUACACAUUACACACACACACAACAUGAGAAGGAAACAGAAACACUUAAGUUCUCGCAUUUGUUUAUAAAAAUCUUGUUCGCAAUUCAAAAUACAAUUGGCCAAAAACAGACACUACACAAUUGAUUGAUUGUCGUCCUCUUCCCCUCUCCCCUCUCCCCAUGCCUUUGUCACCCCGCCCCAGCCACUCAAACUAAACAAAACAAAACACAAUCCACACUCACACACACACAACACACAAAGAAACACACGCGAAAAGAGUACAGCGAUUAAAGCAAUGAAUUUAUAUAGGCAUAUAUAUUAUAUAUUAAUGUAAACUAUAUACGAUAUCUACUUAUAUGUAUGUACUACCAACCAAAAUGCAAGAGUAUGCAACAAAAUAAAAACAAAUAAUUCAAAGGUAACGUGUGCAGUGUUUGCAACCACAACAGCAACAACAACAACAGCAGCAGCAACAACAACAAUGGAAAAACAAUAAGAGCAAGAUAUGAAACUCUAGAGAAGCAACUAAACGUAGUUUAUCAUUUAAUUAUCAACAAAAGCUAAAAAAAAAAAAAAACUUUAUUGUUGUCUAACAAAACAAAAACAAAAAAAAAACUAAAGGAAAAAAUAAGAAAACUUUGAAAAGUUUACGACUUAAACGUAAGGCAGUUAAACUAUGUGUAUUUUUUUUAUUUGUUUAAUUUAUUAUCAUUAUGAAAUUUAUAUAUAUAUUUUUUCCUCCCUUUUUUCUCUUUUUGUUCUUAUCGAUUUGUUUAACUAAUUUAUUGCAAUCCUUACAAUGUAUUUAAAGCUAAUCGUAAAAUACGAAAGAGAAAUUAAAACCGUAAAUACUAUACGUAUAAAUAUAAAUAUAUAUUUUUUUUUUGCAAGUGACAAAAUAAAUGAAUAUUUAAAUAUACAUAUAUACUAAAAAGAAAUAAAAAAAAAUAGGUUUAAAAACAAACUGUUAACUGCAAAAAACAAAAACAAAACAAAAAAAAAUGAAGAAAACAAAGCAUAUUAAAUAAAUCUAAAUACAAAUACAAUUUUAAAUUGUGUAGGUGAUGUAAAUGGGCGCAUUUACAACUUCUGUUUGUUAAUCAUGAUGUUAAGUCGUUGUUUCCAUUCCCUUCAAAUGAGUUAACAGUAACACAAAACAGCGACAGCAACAGUUGAGCGUAGAGCAUUUUUCAUUUGAAACGUGAAUUGGAUCGCAUCGAAAUAAACUAAAAAAAAAAAGAAAAAAAAAACAAGUAACGAAUAAUCAUCAUCAACCAUAUGCCUAACAUUUUGAACUUGCCUCAUUAACGAAACAAAAGCAAAUCAAAUCGAAGAAGAUAAACGUAGACGUAGAUAAUGAUGAAUGUAGGAAAAACGAAUAUGGAGCGUGUAACAGUAAAAAAAAGAGAAAUUAGAAAUUUUAAACGAAUUUUUAAGCAUUACUUCGAGUACUUGAAACACCAAUUUUUGUGCAUGUUUUUUAAAUUCGAAAUUAGAACACAAGUUGAAAACUGACUAUAUAACAGGCUUAUACAUAUAUACUACAUCUAUGUAUAUAUAUAUAUAUUUAUAUAUACAUUACUAACUUAUUUUUGGUCAUUAUCGUCUUAACUUAUUAGAUAGUAGUGCCUUUUUUGCCUCCCAAAUCAAAAAAUUAAAAAGAAUAUAAAUAUAAACAAAAAGAUAAGAUCUGAAUCGAAUGAGUAACGAAGGUGUAACGAAAACUUAAAAAUAUAUACAUAUACAUCAGGAGCAUCAAAAGAUAUAUCUAUACAUAUAUAUAGACAUACAUACAUACAUCAUAGAUAUAUACAAUAUAUAAAUACAUUUUAUAUGUGACUAGAAACGGCAUACUUAACUGCAUUUCAUGCGGUUUGAGAGAUCUGCAUGAAAUCGCAUUCGAGUCAAUUAAUAACAUCAACAAUGAGGAAAAACCAUUGUGUUUCAUACUUGCCACGUGCAACAUGCGACAUGUUAUAUUCGUUUCUGUACGCUUUUACCACUAACUUAACUCCUUCAAUUUGUUAACUGUUUCAAUUCUGCUGCUUAUCGACAUAAUCAUUUUUAUGUAGCUAACCAAAUGAUUUUAAUAUUGAUCUUCAAAUUGAUCUGCUCGUGUGUCGGUCUGUGUAUGUCGAUGUCUAUGUAAGCAUGAGUUAAUACAUACACACACUCAUACCAAUACACCACACAUACUCAGAUAAUGAAAUAUGAUAACUACGCAAAGAGAAAAACUAUUGUGGUUGAGCAAAAAAAAAUUAAAAACAACAAAAAACCAAGCGCACCACAAAA